UUUUGGUUUUGGUUUUGGUUUUCGAUUUGGUUUUGGUUUUCUGUUCUUUUUGUACCAUGAUGCAGUCGUCACAUUCGGGGUUAAGUGUACAAUAUGGACAAGUUGUGAACUCAAAGGAUAUACGAAGAGAAGCGUUUGAGAAACGAUAUGAACUCAUUAUGCCAGUGAAACCCAAUAGUGAUCCGGGUUUAUGUCAUGAUGAGUUCUUACGUCGACUCUUUGCUGAUUGGAACAUGCCGGAGUUUCCAGAUUAUGGUGCCUAUUAUAAUAAUUAUGAUGAUCAUGAUGACUACGACGACGAUGAUGAUGAUAAUGAUUAUUAUAAUGGUGAUCAAAAGCCUGUAGACGAUGGCAAUGACAAAGGCAAGGACAUUGGGGACAUUAAUGGUGAGGAGGAUAAACUUGAACUUGAAUCGGAUUUAUUGCUCAAAAGAAUCGGUUCAGGGAGUAGUGUUUUCUCUUUGGCUCCCAAUUAUGUGAUGAAAUGCCAAUGGAGUUUUUCCAGUUUUUUGCGUAAAAUGAAGCGGAAAGCAAUACUGAGUUCACUUGUAAGGAAGAUUAGUUCAAAGGAAUUGAGGGGUGACAUACACAAGCUAACUAUAAUUACGGGAGAGAAGAGCAACUUUGAUAGGUUAAGGGAAUCUAUGCAACGGUCCUCGCUAUUUUUUACCAACGCAAGAACCACAUACCAAUUACUUAUUUUACACCGAGCCCCACAACAUGCAGGACUCUUGGAUAUUAAGGAAAUUCCACACAACUUGUUUAGUUGGUCACUGGAGGCUUUCUUUAAGCGGCGGGAGCUGAAGGAUUUCGUGUAUCUGGAUGUUCUAGUGCGUAACCACAGUUGGGAUACUUUGGAAUGGGCGAAAUAUCGUUGUGAUAUCUUGGAAAUUUUACGUUUCUUUAAGUUCUUCUACGACCAAAUGAUUAAGGGCCAUGGCUAUCGCAAACUACUGUCCGUCUUGUGGGAAGAAAAGCAAAUGUUGACCGUUGACAAGUCACUGGAGCGCUCUCUAGCCGAGGCACGCGAGGAGUUCUCUGUAGCUAGCUUAAAAUCUCGUCGCUUCUCACUAGCCUGGUGGGAGCAAUACAAGGAAGACGUGACUCAGGAAGUUAAGCGGAGUCUUGUCGACAUGUCCAUACGCAGACCGAUCGAAAUGCGUUACUUGGAAUCCUACUAUAGCAAUUUAGCAGAAUCGGAGACAAUGAAAUACAAUAUAAGGACGAAUCAAAUGGCGAAGGAGUUGCUUGAUCUCAAAGAAUCGAGAGUGAAAAGAAUUACUUCAAACUUGGCCCUGAAGUCGUAUUAUCAUCUUAUUGAGACUUAUAAAGAACGCAUCAAAUAUUUUACAAAACGUUUAGAACACGAUAUGGAACAUUGGGAAGAUAAGAUUUUAUUAACCACUUUUCGCUUUAACAAGGCCAAAGAUGAUCUAAGAGAGGGUCAAGAGAAAAUGAAAUUUAUGAAGAAACGAAUUGCCGAAGUUCAGGCUCAAAUCGAGGCUGAAGAGAUGGAGAGAAUCUAUCAACUGGCUCAUGAGCAUGAAGUACGUCAGCAGAAGAUUGCCGAAGAAGAGGAAGCUAAGCGGCAACAGAAACUGGCCAAAUUAAAAAAACUUCGCGCCAGGAGAACAGCAGCAGAGGCUAGUCAUCCGAGCAAGGCGAUGAGAAAAGUGCCAAUAGGGAAAACCACCUGAAGCUCUCGGCGAUGAAUCUUCCAGAAAUGGCAGAAAGUAAAGUUUAGUUUUAAGAAGACCUGUUCGUAUUAAAGUUACAUUUUCUACUCGA